GCUGAUCAGGCGCUUUGAUGAAGGACUCACGCUCGGUUUUCCCCAGUAAAGAUUUAAAUGAUGAUUACAGGAACAGCGCUGCUGUUUUGGACGCUAAAAACACGUUUUCUUUCACUCAGCCUGAGCUCAGCGUCUCGAAACAUCUGGACUACCUUUGAAGUCAGGAUAUUAAAGCUUCUGCAAUAUGAGCCAUCCACAGAGCUUCAUACAAGAGAGCUGUGAAAGGUGUUGUGUUUCACUUCUUUUUGAAAAGCUUGAUGUGAGGGUCGCAGAGACAAAGUUGGACUAACUCUGAAGUCAGGAGCUUGAAGUUUCAGCAUGAUGAGCCGUCCACAGAAAUACAUAGAAGGUGAAGCUCUUCACUCUCAACAUGAGAAAUCAAACAAUGCGUUAAAGCUCAGAGUGGCCGUGCUGGUUGUCUGUGUUCUCCUGGUAUCGGCUCUCGUGGUAACUUAUCUCUUGUUUGAGCUUUUGAAAACCAGGGAAAUGCUCAGAAACCUUGAACUGAAGCAGGUAACUGUAAAAACUGAUGUCACAGAGAGAUUGCCUGAAAUCAAACCAUGUAGUACAGUGCAGCCCACAUGUCCAGAGCCUAAAGUAAAAAUUAUAACGGAACCGUGCAGCACAAUACCAACUACAACCCUACAACCUCCUGAAAUAAACAUGCUAACACAAUCGUACAACACGAUACCGCCUACAACCCCACAACCUCCUGAUAUAACUACGGAUGAUCCAUGUUAUAAAUGUGAAGAUGGCUGGAAGCAACAUGGAGGAAAGUGCUAUUUUUUCUCCACAAGCAAAUCAUCCUGGAAUGAGAGCAGAGAUGAAUGUAGAGCUAAAGGAGAAGGCCUGGUUAAGAUAGACAGCAAAGAGGAGCAGAGUUUCUUGAGGAUAGCUAUUCAACAAAAAAUCAAGAGCUAUGAUGACCUUUUCUGGAUCGGACUGACAGACUCAGCAGUAGAGGGCAGAUGGUUGUGGGUGGACGGCUCACCGCUGAAUGAAAGUUUGACAUUUUGGUUCUCUCAUGAGCCAGAUGAUUUGACUGGAGAAGAUCCUGAUGGAGAGGACUGUGCGAGCAUGGGGCCAAUGUAUUGGUUUGAUAUUUCCUGCAAAGUAACUCAUAGAAGUAUUUGUGAGAAACUAGCUGUGCCUCUGUGUGACUAAAUUUAAUUCAGGAAGUAGAGGUGGGAGUAGAGGACACAAUGAGGCCGUUUUUCAAAAGCUAAUGCUGCAAACUUUUAAAGCUUCCUUUCAGAAAUUUUUAAUGAAAAGAUAUAUAUAUACAAUUUAAAAUGAAAUAAAUGUUAAUGAUUGGUUUUUUCAUUUUUUUAUUUUUUUUAAUGUAUGUAUUAUGUGCUAAAACUGCAAUGUCACCAGUGAAACUCUUUUUUUUUGUUGUUGUUGUUGUAACUUUUAAGAAUUUACAUCAGUGUCUGACCUCACAGAGGAGUUAUAUAUCUAAAGCCUAAAAAAUAAAGCUUUUUUCUGCCUGUUUUAUUAAAAUAAUAUAAAAACUUUCUAGACUGUAAAUAGACUCAAGGGAGACAAAAGACAGUUUAAACCAACGAGUUCACAUUUAAUUUUGGAAACUUGAGGGGAACUUUUACAGUAACAGAGACAUUUGUUGCUGGUCUGCAGGGUUCAGAUCAGCCUUUUAACCAACGCAGAGCUCUCGCAAUCAGCAGCACGAAGAGAAAACAAAACAUUGCUGACAACUUGAUGUGGAACGAGUUAUGACA